AGUGCAACCGCCACGACCACGACCAGCUCGACCGCAUCGGCAGUGACGACUCCUGGCCCGACUAUGAGCGGUACCGCCGCAGACUGUAAUUUGUAUCACCUUGCAACAGCGGGGGAUACCUGCAGCAGCAUCGAGACUGCAUAUGGCAUCACAUCGGAUGAGUUCCUCGAGUGGAAUCCGGCCAUUUCAUCUGACUGCUCAAGCAACUUCUGGAUUGACGAAGCCUACUGCGUUGGCGUUACGAGCAGCAGCAGCAGCGUAACCGCCACGGCCACGAUCAGCUCGACUGCGUCGGUAGUGACGGCCCCAGGCCCAACUUUGAGCGGUACUGCUUCCAACUGCAAUGCCUACUAUGUCGUUCAGAGCGGCGAUAGCUGUUACAGUGUUGAGACGGCGUACGGCAUUUCCGCUGACGAGUUCUUCGAGUGGAACCCGUCCGUGUCCUUCGACUGCUCGACCAACUUCUGGGCAGAUGAGGCGUACUGUGUCGGAGUUUCGUCGUAA